AUGCCGCGGCCGGGAAAGAGUUCGUACAGUGACCAAAAGCCGCCCUAUUCGUACAUCUCGCUGACCGCCAUGGCCAUUCAGCACUCGGCGGAGAAGAUGCUGCCGCUGAGCGACAUUUACAAGUUCAUCAUGGAGCGCUUCCCCUACUACCGUGAGCACACUCAGCGCUGGCAGAACAGCCUGCGCCACAACCUCUCCUUCAACGACUGUUUCAUCAAGAUCCCGAGGCGGCCAGACCAGCCGGGUAAGGGUAGCUUCUGGGCGCUGCACCCCGACUGCGGCGACAUGUUUGAGAACGGCAGCUUCCUGCGGCGCCGCAAGCGCUUCAAGGUGCUGCGCGCGGACCACGCUCACCUGCAUGCUGGAAGCACCAAGGGCGCGCCAGGAGCGGGACCCGCAGGUCACCUGCAUCCCCACCACCCCCACCACCCGCACCACCACCAUCACCAUCAUCACGCUGCCACACACCACCACCAUCACCACCACCCGCCCCAGCCGCCCCCGCCCCCGCCCCCGCCGCACAUGGUGCACUAUUUCCACCAGCAGCCGCCUCCUGCUCCGCAGCCUCCACCGCACCUCCCGUCGCAGGCCCCGCAACAGCCGCCCCAGCAGUCGCAGCCUCAACAGCCGUCUCACCCCGGCAAGAUGCAGGAGGCGGCUGCGGUGGCGGCGGCGGCGGCGGCGGCGGCGGCAGCCGCUGUGGGCAGCGUGGGGCGCCUGUCUCAAUUCCCACCCUACGGGCUGGGUUCGGCCGCGGCCGCCGCCGCAGCUGCAGCCGCGUCCACCACCGGCUUCAAGCACCCGUUCGCCAUCGAGAACAUCAUCGGCCGGGACUACAAGGGCGUGCUACAGGCUGGCGGGCUGCCCUUAGCAUCUGUCAUGCACCACCUGGGCUACCCAGUGCCAGGUCAGCUCAGCAACGUCGUGAGCUCGGUGUGGCCUCACGUUGGCGUCAUGGAUUCGGUGGCCGCUGCCGCCGCCGCCGCCGCCGCCGCCGGGGUCCCGGUAGGCCCAGAGUACGGGGCAUUCGGGGUGCCAGUCAAGGCCCUGUGCCACUCAGCAAGCCAGAGCCUGCCGGCUGUUCCGGUGCCCAUCAAGCCUACACCUGCGCUACCACCCGUGACCGCGCUGCCGCCGGCGCUCACUGUCCCGGCGGCUUCACAGCAGCCGCCAACGCCAACUGCGGUGUGCUCUGCCUCCACAGCCUCGCCCGCAGCCUCUUUGCUGGAGCCCACCGCUCCAAGCGCGGCGGAGAGCAAGAGCGGCUCCCUGCACUCGGUUCUGGUGCACUCCUAA